AUGCUACCACCUACAGUCGCCUCUCCACUUCACGGCCUUGGCAACACAUCAAACAACACCCGCAAAAAUAACAGAUGUAAGCAGCCGCAACAAGCAUCCAAUAAGCUGACCCAGGACGCUCACCAUCAUCACCAGCAGCAGCAACGUCUAACGGACACCCUAUCAUAUGAUUUGGACCCCCAAACAAGCACCAAUGACAACAAGCUCAAAGCUCCUAAUGAUACGCCUUGGAGCGACCUGGCCGAGGCCCAGGGGACCCGGGACCUCCAGAACUUAUUCUUUGGAUCCCAAAACAACAAGCUCGAGGCGCCCACCGACCCCUACAGUGGCCGAUGCUCUUUGCACUUAACACAGAAUACCUUUCACCUCAACGUGCCAAGUCAGAAGGACACGCUCAAUGUGAAAGAGGAGUUCCUGUCCAAGGAAGCAUUGGACGUGUAUUACCAAUGCACUCUGAAAGCUGAAUUCUUAGGACCUCAUACGCUCUCUAGCGAACUGAAGCAGUUGUUGGUUUUGAUGUUGCAACCUGAUCCCAAGGAGCGACUACAAUCAUGCUCCGCCGCACUGGCCCACCCGUUAUUCCAAUGUCCUCUUUCUUCUGACAUGACCAUUUGUCAACGCACCAUUGAACGCUCUCUCCCCUCGUCUGUCUUGCGCUCGCCAUCCGAACCCGCGGUGACGCUCGUCACACAGAGGGUCUAG